AUGACAAUAUUUCUAAUUUUCCUCUUUACUUUUAUCAAUUCCGAACUAAUUCAACCCGGUUUCGAUCCAGAAGAACUUCUGAAAAGUUAUAUGAAUGCGACUCAAAAUGAAGAAUACAAAACAAUUCUAACUGAUGAUUUUGCAAUUUAUAAUUGUAUAGGAAAACUAAUUAGUGGAUCUGAUUUCAACAUGGAAAAAUUGAAAAAGCUGACAGAUGAUGUAUCAUUUCGUGAAUUUGAAGUAAUUUCUUCUGAUAAUCAAACUGGAAUAUUUGAUGUUGAAAUUGAUUAUUUUGGAAGCACAUUUGAAGCAAUUUAUAUAGAAAAUGAAGGAUGGAAAAUAAAAUCGGAACAAUAUAAAACAUGCCUGGAACAUCUUCGACCAUAUCAUUCUAGUUUAUUGAUUGAUUACCAAGAAAUAUUUGCAAAGAAGUCACAAUCUUUGCUUGGAGAAUACAUAAAAAACAUUAAAAUUGGACAAUUCCCAAAGCAUUUUGAAUUCAUGGGAGAUCCAAACAAUACUAUAAUAUUAAAAUACAUUGAACCUCUUGUGAAAAUGAUUCAGGAAAUUCCAAUCAUAGCAAACAAUCGAUAUGUUAUUGAUGGAACUUCAGAAAGAGAUCUCCGAAUUUUUGUUUCAAUCGAUAAAAAAUAUAUUAUCACCCUUGAUGUAUUUGUGAAUGAAAAUGGAAAAUUCGAAAUAAAAUCAGAAGGAUAUGAAGAAUUUUCGAGUAAGGAUUUAAGCAUUCCAUGGUUCACUUCUGCAUUUAUUGAUUAUCCGGAAACUUAUAAGAGAUUGGGUUUUUUCUUCUUGAAUUCAGAAUUCAAGCCGAACGAACUUUUGUACAAAUACAUUAAUGCAAUGCAAAAUGAUGAGUACAAGAAAGUUCUUACUGAUGAUUUUGCAAUUUAUGAUUGUAAAGGAAAAAUAAUUAGUGGAUCUGAUUUCAACAUGGAAAAAUUGAAGAAAUAUACAGAUGAUGUAUCAUUUCGACAAUUUGAAAUAAUUUCUUCUGAUAAUCAAACUGGAAAAUUUGAUCUUAAAAUCGAAUUCUAUGAGAGCACAUUUGAGGCAAUUUAUAUCAACAAUGAGGGAUGGAAAAUAAAAUCGGAAAAACACAAAGUAUGUAUGGUAAAACUUCAGCCAUAUCAUUCAAGUUUAUUGAUUGAUUACGACAAAAUUUUCCUCGCUGUAUCCGAAUCUUUGCUUGAAGAAUAUAUAAAUAACAUCGCGCUUGGACAAUUUCCAAAACAUAAAAACUUCACAAUUAUUGGAAAAUCGAAAAAUAAUAUUAAUCUAACAUACAUCAAUGCUCUCGUCAAAUUGAUUGGAACAAUUCCAAUAAUAUCAAAAAAUCGAUAUAUUAUUGAUGGAUCUUUUGAAACAGAUCGACAAAUUCAUGUCACGAUUGAUGAAAAGAUUAAUGUGGCACUUGAUGUAACUUUGAAUGAAAAUGGAAAUUUCGAAAUAAAAUCGGAAGAACAUGAAGAAAAUUCGAAUGCUGAUUCAAAUAUUGCGUGGUUUACUUCAGCAUUUAUCGACUAUCGAAAAACUCAUACAAGAAUUAAUGAAGAAUUAGUUGAGAAGUUCAAAAGUGCUAUAAGAACAAGGAAAAUGGAGGAUGAAGUAUUCUCAAUAAAAAAUAUUGAUAUUUCAGAUAUCGGCCAAUUCACAAUUUUUUACUCUGUAAUUUAUCAAAAUAUAUUUGGAGAUGUUGAUGAAAAACAAUUGGUUUCGGUUCGAAAUUCUGAAGAGAGAUUGAUGGAAUUUCAAUUCGUAUUUAAAAAUAACAAAUUUGAUCUGUAUUUUGAUGGAGAAUUGACUGGGCCAGAUUAUUUGGAUAGUCUUUAUAAAGAUAAGUCUUAUGAUUUGAUGGUUGAAUAUAAGAAUAUCAUGAUGGCGGAUGAAAUUGAAUUGCAAGAUCUUUUUAAUGAAAAUUUCAAGUCAUGCGAAUGUUUGAAAGGAUGCAUGGAUUUAGCACAUUUCGAAAAACAACUCAAAAAACCAGGAAAUAUAGUUGAUUUUGGUGAUUGGGAUGACAUUGAGUUCUUUUCAAUUGACAAGACGAAUGGUGAUAUAAAAUUUAUGAAAAAUAAAAAAUCGAAAUUUAUUGCGAAAUACAAUUUCGAUCGGAAAAGAUACGAAUUAAUCGUGGAAAUUCGUUGUGGAAAUGAUUUUGAGAAUUUGAUAGAUUGGGAUGAUGGAUAUAAGCCACACUACAAUAUGAGUUAUACUUGGAAUAAUUUUGAACCUGAAGAACCAUUCAUCACUUUUGGAAAAGGGUGUAUGUUUUUUUUGUUGUUUGAAUUGUGAAUUUGAAAAAAAUUAUAUUUCAGGGAUGUUUGAUCACAAGCCUUCGAUCAUUCCAUACGAAAACUUUAAUAUGACAGCAGAUGCGAUUGAAGUGAGAGAAGCUUUGAUUUCAGAUAACGAUUAUAAACUUUUAAAAAUAAUAUGUCGUCGCUCACAAUCUCAACGUGAAUUUAUUUUUUUAAAAUAUCAAUCAAUGUAUCGAGUUAAAUUGGGUGAUGACCUACAUUUUCAUUUGAUGGACAUACAUCUUGAUUUCACAGACAAUGAUUUCCAACUUUUGAUGAAUGUUUUAUUAUUAACUCCACCAGUUUUUGAUGCUUGGUCAUUCAGCAGAGCAGAAUUUGAUGCGAUGUUUUAUACUGAACGAUUUAUGAUUCUAUCAGAGCAAGAGAUUAAAGAUGUAAGGAAAGCAUUUGAGUAUAUUCAGGCAAAUUUAGAUUCGAAAAUCUGGAUAGAGAAUUCAUUAUUCUUACCAGAAAUAGCUCCUUCUAGAGUUUAUGUCCGAGAUGCAAUUAAUCUAUUAAUGAAAGGUAAACGGGAUCAAAGUUUGGUGACAAAUAAAACAAAAGCUUUGGAAGAUGCUAGAACUAUAUUUGAAAUAACGAAUAAAAUGGAAGUUAUCGAAAAUCCAGGUCAUUACUUGAACGCUGAAGAAAAAGUUAUAUUGCAAAUUUUUAUUCAGUCCAACUUGGUGCAACUCAGAAUGGUGUUCAAGAAAUUUUUAGAAUUAUAUGGGAAGACAGUAAGACAGACAAUGGGAUAUAUUUAUUCGCAGCAACCGUAAGUGAAAUUGGUUUUAUUUGAUAUCAGAAUCAAAUUUUGUUUUUAAAGACAUCUUCAAAAAUUCUACAACAUAAUAAUUGAUAUUACACAAGAUCGAUUGGAAUAUUUAGCUGAUAAGCUUGAAAGUUUUAAAGAUUCGGAAAAUAUUGAACUCGAUUUGAUUAUAUUUAUUGUUGGAAAUGCGGAACGAAACUUAGAGUCUGUGAGAGAAGUUUAUGAUAGAAGACAUCCAAAAGAGAACUUGGUUGAAUUUAUUUCGAAUUAUGUUUCUGGAAGAUUUCGAGAUGCAUUAAUUGAGUUGGUUAAAGGCAAUAGAAAGCAAUGA